AAUGCACGAGAAAUCCUGACUUUCUUCAUGAGUGUGUAAAUAACAUACAUGUUUUCAGUUGCUUGGAUAAUAGGUGGAACAUAGCAACCGCAAAAACAACCAGCUGGAAAAUAGCGGAAGCCAAGUUCACCGCCGAUCAUUCUAGUGCCUUUUGCCGGGUGGUGGAGUCGUUCCGCGGUACAAAAAAAGUGCAAUUAAACAUGAUAUCUAAUCACCUGAAAAGCUAUUUGCUGGAAUCGAACACCAAUCUGAAACCGCUUCUUUAUGAGAUCGUGAAACAAUGCGAAAGGAAAAACAUUCGCUACGACAAACAUCUGAUUACGUUCGUCAUGAAUCUGGUCAGUUUGGAUCCAAAGUUUGAGAUUUACAUGGAAACGCUGAGUGCCGAUCGACAGAAUCACGAUGACUUUGUGGAGGCAUGUGUUGAAAUAAUUUCUGACGAUCGUUCACCUGGGUUAAUCACACUUAAGAUGCAGCAUUAUUUUCUGCAAAAUUUCUUCAACAGAGAUGAGGUAGUCGAAAAACAUACCAAAAAUUUGCAUAAGAAAACUGCUCAUUUGCUAAAGGAAAUUACUGAAAACGAUGUCAUAACAAAGGAUGAGCAGGAUGAUAUUUUCAACAAAGUAAUUGUGGAUAUUAUUUUAAACAUGGGCUUGGGAAAUCCAGAAAACAGAGAGGUGUUUUCCGAAACCACAAAAGCGUUGAAUUCGGUUAUGUCUAGAAGUGAUAAAGCCAAAUUUGUCACGCUGGACAAGAAAGAUAGGCUCCUGGCGCUUAAGGAUAUCAGGGAGAUUGUAUGUGGUAUACGAAUCUUUAACAAACAUGCUGGAAAUUCUGCCAAUGGAAUGUCGGAUCUUCCACGAAUUUUGGAGCAGUCUCACGAAUCCACAAAAUCAAUUCUACAAAUCACACUGUGCGAAAUUAUGGACAAGGUUAAUCUACUAACCAGUGCACUCAACUCUUCAAUCGCAUAUGAUCUUCGAAAUCGAGCUAUCGUUACCCUAUUACCGGAGAACAUAUCCGCUGAUGAUUUGGAUAUGUUAAAAGAUCUCCUAAUAAUGUAUCGUCAGCAUGAGGUCUAUACUCGAAAGAUGAUUGACGAGUUGGCUUUAAUCAAAUUCAACAUCGACACCUGCAAUCAGGAGUAUAAACAAAAAUUGAUCAAGCUACAUGAAGCCGUGCAAUAUCGUACCGCAAUCCCGACUGAUCGAGUGUUUCCAAAAUUCUCCGAAUUGACACACAUUUGGUUGCAGUACCAAAACCAAAUCUAUCUGCUGUCGGAAAUCAAUCAGAUAAACAAUACUCUCAUCAAUUUAACGGAAAGGUGUCUCAGUUUUGACGAUUUAGCCUAUCGUUUGCUGGGCGAAUGCCAGGUUCAAACUGACCAGGAUAGACUGAACAAAACGAACGAAAAGCGACUUAUCGUCGAUACCGAGGAAAGCUGCGAAAUCAUACCCUACACGUCAUCAAUGAAGAUUGAAUUCCUGAAAUUUUGCGUAUGGCAUUUGGCGACAGCGAAUGGAUUGUUGAUGCCGGGAAACGUAAAUAUGGGAGUGUGCCAGUAUCAGAAAGAGUUGUACGCUUUCAACAUACCCGAACCUGCGGUAUUUUUCAACGAGGAUCCAGAUAUGUACUUGUUCAAAAUUGUUAAACUCGCCCGCAAGAAAGUACAAUUGGUCGCAUUUUUGGAUAUUUUCUACAAGGUACAAAAUGCCUACAACUCCAAAAGUAUGGACGUUUUCCGUAUCAAAGGACCGGUCACGUGCGAACAGGAAGUUCAGACCGAGCUGCACCCGGUCCCGUCGAAUAUAAACCAUCAAUAUCGUUGGAACAUUUGGGAUCUGCGCCGGGAAGCAAUCGGUCUAACCAAUCUCCGAAUGAAGCAAACCAGUUCAUCGCAAACGACAAAAACUAAGCAGACGCAGGUGUAUUUGCCGAAAAACCAAACCACUCAAACAAGAGUCAGCCGCACCACGGAAACCGACCAGCGGCGAAUGAGAACCAAAAAAGUAGAAACGACACCAUCGCCGUUACAGAUUUAUUCAUUAACUAUCGAAGAGCUAAGUACGGCCCCAAGAAGAAUUUUUCAAAUCAAAUAGGAUUAUGAUGAUCGAGAGUUGCUUAAUAUAAUAAAUUUUUUGCUGAUUCUG